CAUCAAGAACUGCAUGGUGACGAUUUUCAAAAUCGCUUGAAUUUUUGCAACUGGAUACAGGAACAACUGGCAGUCAAUGAUAAUUUCAUUUCACAGAUACUUUUCUCUGAUGAAUCAAAUUUUACGAAUCGUGGUCAAGUGAAUCGACAUAAUAUGCAUUAUUGGUCAGUGGAGAAUCCCCAUUGGUUAAGGCAAGUUGAACAUCGACGCCCGUGGAGUGUCAACGUUUGGUGCGGUAUUUUAGGUACUACAGGUAAUUGGCCCUUCAUAGAAGGUAAUCUGAAUGGUCAAAUGUACAGCGACUUUUUAGAUAAUGUUUUACCCAUACUAAUGGAAGAUGUUCCACUUCAAACAAGAAUGGAUAUGUGGUUUCAACACGAUGGAUGCCCAGCGCAUUAUUCACGAAUAUCUCAACAAGUUUUGAAUCGAAACUAUCCGGGUCGAUGGAUUGGACGAGGAGGUCCUCAAAAUUGGCCCGCACGUUCACCCGAUUUGACUUCUGCCGAUUUUUUCCUGUGGGGAAGGCUAAAAGAGAGAGUUUACAUGGAUGUACCAACAACCCCAGAUGAUGUUUCCACAAAUCUCUCAGAUUCACACUCAUUUCAUCCAACGUGAAUCUGCGAUCGUCGCAGACAAUUUCUUCGAUUUUUUUCACAAGUGCGUCAAUCAAAAUCAAAGGUCUUCCAUUUCUCUGAUCGUCGUGAACACUCGUUCUGUCAUUCUUAAAUUCGCGACAUCACUUAAACACAUUCGUACGGUUCACACCUCCUUCGCCAU